AUGAGGACCGCUCAAGAGUCCAAGGGUAUCUUGCUCAAAGAGGUACCUUACAAUAAGGUCGGGACAUCGUGCUACGUUCAACUACGGUUGAACGAACCGACAACAGCACUUCUCGACAAUCGUUCUUUUAUUGGAGGAAAGUGGAUCGGAUCAAGCGCCAAGCGCCAGUUUAGUGUCUAUGACCCCGAGGACAAUGCCGAACUAUGCUACAUCGCAGAUCUCGGUCGAGAAGACGCUCGUAAAGCUCUAGAAGCAGCACAGAAGGCCUUCGAGUCGUACAAGACAUGGACUAACCGAGAACGUCGGGCGCUCAUCCGACGAUGGGCCGACGAGAUCAAGGCGAGCAAAGAGGAUCUAGCCGCCAUUUGCACUCUGGAGCUAGGCAAGCCGUUCACGGAGUCGUUGGGUACCGUGAAGUAUGGCACAGAUUUCUUGGAUUGGUUUGAAGGUGCGAUCGAGCGACAGUAUGGGGAGACGAUCCCAGCGGCCAAGGGCAACAACCGCAUCUUCACGAUCCGGCAGCCGCAGGGAGUGGUCGCUGCAAUCACGCCUUGGAACUCACCAGUAGCCAUGGUCACCAGGAAGGUUGGGGCUGCUAUUGCUGCCGGCAACACGGUUGUGCUCAAGCCCGCUCCGGAAACACCUCUGUGCGCCAUUGCUCUGGCCAAGCUCUUCGAAAAAGCCGGCGGGCCUCCUGGUGUUCUCAACAUCGUUACCUCGAGCGUAGAGCGGUCGCCGGAGAUUGGGCAAGAGUUCACGCAAAACGACAUCGUCAAGCAUCUCAGCUUCACUGGCUCAACAGCUGUGGGAAGGCAUCUUCACGCAGAGGCCGCCAAGAAGUUCAUCAAGACAUCGAUGGAGUUGGGCGGCAAUGCUCCGUUCAUUGUGUUCGACGAUGCGAAGCUGGAUGGCGCUGCUGAGGGUGUGAUUGCCUCGAAGUUCCGGUCGUCUGGACAAACAUGUGUCUGUGCCAACAGAAUCUUCGUUCACAAGUCGAUUAUCCAAGACUUUGCGAAGGUGCUGCAGGAGAAGAUGAAUUCCACAUUCACCUUUGGCUCGGUCUGGGACGCGAAGGUCAAUUUCGGUCCGCUUUACUCCGAGAAGGCCUUUACCAAGAUCAAAGCGCAGAUCGAAGACGCUGAGUCGAAGGGGGGGAAGAUCGUCAGCUCUGAUGCAGCUACUGGCAAUCAUGGACCCAACUUCUUCCCUCCGACCAUCGUCACUGGCGCCUCGCCAGACAUGAUAUUCAUGAAGGAAGAGACGUUCGGCCCUCUGGCAUUCUUAGUCCCGUUUGAGACCGACGAGGAGGUCAUUGCCAUGGCCAACCAGACGAACGCCGGACUCGCGUCGUAUUUCUACACCGAGAACAUCUCGCGGCUGUGGAAGGUCGCUGAAGCAUUGCAGAGUGGGAUGGUUGGUGUUCGGUGUGGGUUGAUUUCCGCUUGUGAGCAGCCCUUUGGAGGCAUCAAGGACUCUGGUGUCGGUCGGGAGGGCGGCAAGGAUGCUCUUGAUGAAUACACCGAGAUUAAGAGUAUUACUGUGGCUUUGUAA